UGGAACAUGCAGUCACACAGCAUCAACACGAGAGCAAAGAGGAACAAAGUACAGGAAAAUGUCAAGACAUCAGAUUUUCUGCUGAGACCUUGCUUCGGAUACAGGGUGGGACCCUCAGAAAACAGAUAAAGAGAGAGAAAGAAGGGAGAGGGACAGCAUGGAUCGACCGGCAGUCGAGGUCUUUCACUACAAAGACAAGGAGCAGUCCUCUAACCUGCUCCUUCAGCUCAACACACUGAGACAGGAAAGCAUCCUGACUGAUGUGUUGCUGUGCUCAGAUAACACAGAGAUUCCCUGUCAUCGCAAUGUCCUGGUCUCCAGCAGCCCCUACUUCAGAGGCAUGUUCUGCAACAACUUCAUGGAGAGACAGCAGACCAGGAUUAACUUGAAGGGCAUCACAUCAGCCAUUCUGAGCAGAAUCAUUGACUACGUUUACACAGGUCUCGUUAGUAUCAGCAUGGAUAUUGUGCUGCCUCUGAUGCAGGCCGCAUCCAUGUUGCAAUAUGGCCGCCUUUUUGAGGCCUGCUCAAGCUUCCUGCAGGAGCAACUAAGCCCUGACAACUGUUUGAGCAUGAUAAGACUCUCUGAGAUCAUGAACUGUAACAGUUUGAGAGACAAAGCAAAGGAGAUGGCCAUGAAGAGCUUCUCCGAUGUGUCGGCAUCUGAGGAUCUGUGUGAGCUCUCCUUAUCAGAACUCAUGGGAUACUUGGAGGACGAUGGUCUUUGUGCAGAGGAGGAGCAGGUCUUUGAGACACUUGUUGCUUGGAUUCACCAUGAUCCUUUAUCCAGGCGUGGGGCCAUCAGUGACCUUUUCAAGAAAGUUCGCCUUCGCUACAUCCAUCCAACAUACCUCUUCCAGUUCAUAGCCAACGACCCUCUGAUCCAGUCCUCCACCCUCUGCACUGAGCUCAUAGAGUCUGUGAGACGGCUAAUGUUUUCUGUCAGCACAAAAUGUAUUGGUGACACAGCAGCUGAAUUGAAACGUCUCUGGGUCGCACCAAGGCGCUAUUCCUGCCAUGACAUGUUGGUGGUGGUGGGAGGAAGGAAGAACAACGAGCAGACCUCAAGGGAGGCCCUUGUCUUCGAUGAGAAGAGCGAAAAGUGGCAAUGGCUUGCCAAGCUGCCUACUCGUCUGUAUAAAGCUUCCUAUGUCGCCCUUCACAGUGUCUUGUAUGUUAUUGGAGGACUGACCACAAACACAAAGUACACCAAGGUCAGCACGACCGUCUACACCCUUUCCCUCAAGACCAACCAGUGGCGGAUGGCGGAGCCCAUGCUGGAGCCACGCUUUGCCCACCAGAGUGUCUCCUACUUGCACUUCAUUUUUGUCCUAGGUGGCCUUGGUUCUGACAGACGACUGACAGAUAGUGUGGAGAGGUACGACAGCAUGUUCAACCAAUGGGCAACUAUGGCGCCCAUGCCUGAGGCUGUGCUGCACCCUGCAGUGGCUGCUAUCAACCAGAGGAUCUACGUGUUUGGAGGUGAGGACGCCAUGCAGAACCCAGUAAGAAUAAUACAGGUGUAUCACAUUGCCAGGAACAUGUGGUCUAAGAUGGAGAACAGAACAGUGAAGAAUGUGUCGGCUCCAGCUGCCAUUAUGGAUGAGAAAAUCUACAUCAUUGGAGGAUACACCAGGAGAGUGAUCGCAUACGAUACCAAGGCCAACCGCUUCAUCAAGUGUGCCAACCUGAAGGAGAGGAGGAUGCACCAUUCUGCCACCGUCCUCAAUAAGAAACUCUACAUCACUGGUGGACGUUCCAUCAACGGCCAUGACGUUAUCGAGGACUCGGACAACUUUGAGUGCUAUGACCCAAAGACAGACACUUGGACUUCCAAGGGGACUCUGCCGUAUAAACUUUUUGACCAUGGCUCCCUGACUUUGACACAUGUUUCACAGACAUGGACAAAAUCAUAGCAGAGGUGUGAUUCAUGUAUGAAAUAAAAAUGAAUUUAAUUAGAAAUUAAUUUAUUUAAAACGGAAUGACACGACAAAUUGUAAAUACAGUGUACAGCGUUUUCAUUUUGUAGCAGAUCUUCAUGUUUUCAUGAGAGAUGGACUUGUACCCUGACACAUAGCCUCAUGCAUAUCUCAAAUAUUCAUAAAGAAUUUUGAUAACUGAAAAUGUUUCUUACAAUAUUUCAUGUUAAUUGUUUGUGUUUUUAUUUAACAACCAACCCUGUGAACACAAGCUGCCCUCUGCUGCACAGCCCCAUCUUAACCUGUUGGACUUCACAAAUGGUGAAAGUGCUACUUUUGGCCUGUUCUCAAUCAUGAGAUUUCUUUUGUCAUGUUUAAAUCCUGGGGCUGUGCACUGAUUGGUGUGAGUCAAUGUUCAGCUGUUUGAUCUGAACCUGCUGCUUUGUCUGGCUAACUUUUGGAUCAUGGUCUGUUGCUUCAGUACAAAAUGAAGAUGAACUUAUUGUGAGCAACAAGCUACCAGACAUUUAAUAAAUUUGUUAAAAUGUAGUUUUAGACAUUUAAAUACAACCAUUGCUGACGUUUUUAGUUUUGUAAUCACUGCUUUGGCCUUAGAGCCUUGUUAUGCACAGCAUAGUUCUGCAUCAUAUAAUGUAUGGUGCAAUGAGAACUGACUUUUCCUGAUGAACCUGAAUAGUGCAGUUUUCUGCAUUUAGUAUUAAGGUUCAAUCAUAUCUUUUUUAAGGGUAUUUCUGAUGCUUUUGUACUGCUUUUAUCUAAU